AAACACCACAGGUGUGGGUGAUGAGUAGGAGGCGACGGACCUGGAUAUUUUAACACGGAUUUAAAUGAAAAUCGUUUCUAAUUGGAAGCCAAACCUCAAGUUUUAAUGAUGGGAAACUCAAUUUUAUGGAUUGUACUCCUGUCAAUAAUAUAUACGUUGCAUUCAGUUAAAUCGGAUUGUACCGGAAAGGCAGAUAUCAUUUUUGCAAUUCCAGGAAAUCUUGACAUUCCUGGAGAGGAAUUUUUCCCAUUUGAACGUUUUUUAGUUAUGAUUGUUGACCAUUUUGUCUUGAACAGUGAAAACAUAAAUGUAGGCCUAGUUCUUUAUGGCAAUGAACCCAUUGCGAUAUCUUAUCCACAACCCUUCAGAGACCAGGCGGCUACUAACGCUAGGAUCACGCUUUUGUCACAGCGUAAUUUAUACAUAGACAAACUGUAUGGAAAAUCUGACGUCACAGGUGCCUUGACUCUUAUGCGUCACAUGUUUCGAAAUCCUGCCGGUUUCCCAUUGGUCAUGCCCAGACCAGGCGUGAGAAAGAUAGGUGUCUUAUUUACAAAUGGCCGAAUGGACGUUCAGGAAACACAAGCUGUUGUUAACGCGACACGAGGCAUAAAGAGUGAUGACGUCACCAUGUACAUAAUUGGACGGGCUCCGAUUGGGCCAGAGUUUCUUGAAAUUGGGUCUGAUCCAUGUAAACUUUUCUCCAUGGGGAGUUUUAUUGACGGACUGCCAAGUCUUCUCCCUUAUUUAGGAAGCAGCAUUUGCACAGCGUUGGACCCAUCCAUAAACGUCACGGAACAAAACUGCUUUCCGAGGUUUUGGCAGCCUGACCCGAAUCCGCCUGUGGCAUGUCCAUCACUGAAUGCGCUAUUUCAAGACCCGUACAACUGCGCCUAUUACUACAAAUGUUUCCAAAACGUUCCCAUAAGGGAACCCUGUCCAGACAACAUGCUAUUUGACAACAAUAUUAAGACGUGUAACCUAAAGGAAUCAGUCAGUUGCUUCACCCAAGUACAGUGUCCACAACCUGUGGGACUGUUUCGUCACCCAUUCGACUGUUCAAAGUUCGUUAACUGUUUUGACAACAUCCCGUACAUCCAGAAAUGUAAUCCAAUGCUCUACUUUGAUGAGGACGAGAAACGAUGUCGGGACAGAACAAUGGUGAAUUGUCCAGUUCAUUAGUAGCGACUGAGGUUGUUAAGUCUCGAUAAACAUUUCGAGUAAAGCAAUAUAGUACAUGUUGACCUGGAACAUUUGUAAAAUGACGUUAAACAUGUGUAUUUAGAAUAUUGUAUUCAAUGGAAUUUUGAAUGUGUAUUUUUACUAACCGUUUUCGCUAUAAUAGUGCAAAAAACGGUGAAACCGUGACUGAAAGUAUCUGUUUAUGUUUAUAAUGUUAUAUCAGAUGUUAUCGGAAUAACUGUUUUUAUGUUGGAUUGCCGUAGGAUGUUUUGUUUCACAAACAAUCUUCGGU